UUGCUAAUUGCUUUGCUUUGUUUGUCCGACCUCCACCGACUCUCGUCCCCUGAUAAAACUACCGGCCUUUUCUUCGUGUUAUCGAUUAACGUUGGUGGUAUAGUUUGUUUGAAAUUCGUUUAGAAAUACGAUUUUUAUUACAAUGAAUGGAAUUGUGAAAACCGUGUUUAGAGUUUCCUCUUUGAAAAGUUUUUCCAAUUUGGUUCGUCAUAAUGUGAGUGGUGGCCCGGCUAAAAGGCAAUUCGCCAGGACAUUAUGGCAUAUGUGUAACAGGAAUGAUUUUUCGAAUAAUCUUCAACUUUCGCCUCCCAGCACGAUGUGCAGCUGCGGGUGUGGAAGUAUGAAGGCACAUACCAAAGCUGAGAAAGAGUUGGUGGAGUUCUUAAAUGAAGAAAUUGCUGCUGAAAAGAAGCUUCAAAAAACUAAAACAAUCCCCUCAGAAGUUUGCGGGUUUAAAGUUACUCUUGAGGGAUCUGAGGUCACCUUAACCAAAUCAACUGGUGAAGAAACGAUAGAAAUCAAUUUCAAUGUAAACCACAGUGUUGAUACUGACAUGGAACCGGAAAUGACUCCCAACAUGGAUAAACCAGAGAUCGAGCUUAGGUCCAAGCCACAGUUUGAGGUUGACAUUAAGAGAGGGAAAAAGACUAUGGGCUUCACUUGCUCAUUUGUAAAUACUAGUGGACAGGAUGAGCAUCAGGACGACAACUAUUCUGAUGAUAUUUUUGGCAUCGAUGAAGUGACUUGCUACGAGGGAGAGUGGCAGGAUAGCAACUAUGCUGUGUCUGGAGAGGUGUUAGAUGGGUAUCUCUACGAUUUGUUCAUGAAUCUUUUGGAAGAAAAGGGAGUCACAAAUGAGUUGAUGGAGAAAGUUUCUGACUUUGCUACUGCCUAUGAGCACAGUUCUUACAUUGGAAUGCUAGAGAAGGUUCAACACUUUGCUGCUGGAAAGUAGAAUGUGAUUGGUCUGAUAAGCUAGCUCUAUCUAUGUAAAUUAGUCAGGUUUUGUAUGUUACAUUUAUUAUAUUCUCGCAUUUAUUGCAUUACAUGAUUUUGUUAGAUA